AUGCCACCAUCUUCUCAUCCAAAACAGCGCGAGACAAAGCGUGUCAUGCCGCGCGGGGUGCGUGGUAAGGAGGACAGCUUGUACCUCAAGUGGAGUGUGGUCAUGAAUCCAAGCGAGCUCCUAAAAGAGCUCGUUGGCAACCGCGAGCAUGCUCGAGCCCUCUUCCAUGGACUGAGGCGCCAAGUCAAAUCCGUCCGCCACCGCUCGCAGUCCUACGACGAUGGCCAGGUCACGAUCUACGACCGUGUUCUUCUUCGCCUCUAUGACGAGGGACACACCAUGCAACACUACGGUCUGCUUGAAUUCUACCUGGCCGAGUAUCUGGGAACCAAGAACUGUCACUCGGAGGAGGAGAACAACUCUGUCAUUGCUGCCCACUUUGCUGCCCAGCGCAUCCUGGACAAUGGCCCUAUUUCCGAAAUCCCAAUUACUGAAACCGAUAGCGUGGGAGCUGCCACCGACGAGAUCGAGACUGGCAAGUCGUCACAGAACUCUGGCGCAACCAAGUCAUCCCACAUCGACAAGCUCAUCCAGGUAUACCAGAAGGCCAAGGCUGACUACUACAUCCUUCAGGUUUCUGAGAACCACCUUGAGCGAACCAGCAGUGUUCGAUUUCUCCGUGACACGGCUGAGAACCUUCUGCGAUACCUGAUGUCAGCCGACAAAGACCACGAUCUGAUUCCCGAAAUUGAGGAUAUCAUCCAGGUUAGCCAGGCACGUGCAAGUCAACUAGCUGGCGGCCGCAAGCGCAAGUUUGAGCGCAUGGACAACGACUCGAGGGGCAGCCCAAGCCUCAGCCCCUACCGACCUCGCGGAUACUACAGAGACCAGCGCGGAGGACACAAGCGUCGGGACCGAUAUGUCCCCGACAGUGUCACAUGGGACCAUAGCCACAAGGGUGGAUGGGAUCAUAGCCAUGUCAAUAGAAGGAUCGGAUGGGAUAAUCGUGCCUUGGACUCCUACCGUCCUUAA